UUGGGAGGGUGACCCACCCCCUACGCAGAGGAUAUAAGCGGGGGGAUGCUGUCCUCUGGACCAGUGAUCUUGCGGAGUGUCUAGUGUGCAGUGGUGGAUUUGAUCGUGAUCCACUUCAUCAUUAUGAAGGUUUAAGGAAUUCUUUUGGAAAACGUCAGGAUACACGAUGAAGAGCUGGCUGGAGGCGAGCGGGAUGGAGGACUCUCUGUCCUGCAUGCUGGCCGAGCCGCGGGAGGCGCUGCUGCCCAUCACCGGCAGAGAGAACCUCGCGCCUAGGAAGAGAGACAGGACUCUAGAACCAUGUGCAAUGUCCGAAGAAGCCUACCUCUCGAGCGGCGCCGGCUCCCCCUGCGCAGGGCUGUCGCGCGAAGAGCGCCGGCGCCGGCGCAGGGCCACGCUCAAGUACCGCACCGCGCACGCUACGCGCGAGCGCAUCCGCGUGGAAGCCUUCAACGGCGCGUUCGCCUCUCUCAGGCAGCUGCUGCCAACCCUACCGCCGGAUAAAAAACUUUCCAAAAUCGAAAUAUUACGGCUCGCUAUUUGUUAUAUUGCGUACUUGAACCAUGUUUUAGACGCAUAAGUAAGUGAGCACGGAUGCUUGAAAGCG